UCGCACAUCCGCUCCAGCAGUUUGUAAACAGUGCGAAAGGAGAGAUGGAGUCCGCGAGAGGUCUCACCUAAAUUUAUUAGCCAUAUAAUAGGGUACAGAACUGCUGUCCAUUGCAGACAACCGCUGAAACAGAAGUUCGUUUUCAAGCACUGUCGACUUUUUAUUUUCUGCAAUCAAAAAUUUGAAGGCUUAUCUACAAAACGCAAACGUCCUGCAAGCAAUUGUGGUUUUUUUGGAUCAGAGUUUUUUUUGAUCCGAGGAGUGUUUCACACCAGACGAGAAAAUCGCUGUCACAGCAUUACGACCCGGUGUAUUCAUCUGGUCCGGCCAUUUAGUCCGGGUUUGUGGUGCCUUUCGAUGGGGAACUGCCUGUCCUCCCAGGGCGCCGAUGAUUUGUCGCUGCUAAACGAGUCGGAGGGAGCCAGUCUGCCCGGGGAGCCGCCGCCGCCUUACCAGGAGCGCGCUCAGGUCCCUGUGUACCAUCCCACACCUAGCCAGACCCGGCUCGCUACGCAGCUAACUGAGGACGAGCAGGUCCGCAUCGCCCAGAGAAUCGGCCUCAUCCAGCACCUGCCCCGUGGCAUUUUUGACCCUGGCUCAGAGCCCUCCGACAAGAAAGUGAAGGAGUGUGUGAUCUGCAUGAUGGACUUCGAGUACGGAGACCCCAUCCGGUUCCUGCCCUGCCUGCACAUCUACCACGUGGACUGCAUCGACGCCUGGCUCAUGCGCUCCUUCACCUGCCCCUCCUGCAUGGAGCCCGUCGAUGCCGCCCUGCUGUCUUCUUAUGAAACCAACUGAGGACGCCCCCCCGGCCGCCACCCACCCCCUGAGUUAGUCGAAGCCAUGAUAUUAUGCCAGUCAAGCUGUCCAAUAGAUGGAUGGGAUGUGGGAUGGUGAGGGUUGUGGAAGUGGGGAACCAGGUGGGUGCAAGUGUUCACACAGAGACUGAAAUAGGUAGGACUCAUUUUUUGUGGCAGAGGAAUGGGGCAUAAAUGUAGGAGGUUGCUUUGGAAUGAAAGGUAUCCCCAGCUUACAGAGCAGAGCCAUGGCUUAACCUUUCUCAAUGAAGGCUAAAAAAUACUGAUGUAAAUGUAAGCAAAUAUACAUCGCCACUAAUCAUUGGACGAAAACAUACUUCUGUGGGAUAAAUCCUUUGCUUGAAAAAAUAAAAAUCCUAACCUUAAUGCCCCCAGACCAAAGGUGCAAUAUAUUAAGUGGAAUCCAGCGCUGUAUUCUCUUGCAUUAGGUGAGAGGGAGCUAGAUUCCCAGUAAUAGUGAAAUUCACCAACCAGCAACUACGUAUUUUGCAGAGAACAGCAAACACGACGCAUUUUUUGUGCUGAAGGAGAGAUAGGCUGUUGGGGGAGUCCAUAAAAAUAGCCCCCAGAGCCUUCCACAAAAAAAAACAAACAUCUUGAAAGCCUUUUUUCAUUUCAGUAUUGGUUCACUGAUUGGAUAGCAGGUGAUCGGAAAUGGCUUUCUCGUGCUUUUGAGUUUUCUUAUGGGGGGAGGGGGGUCGGCAGAAUUGUAGUUGUUCCCCAGCUGCUGUUAGUUAACUUUGCCUUUAUAUAAAUGUGUGUAUGUGUGUUUCUCCAAAGAGCAUUGCCUUUGGCUCUUCUGCUCGACCACUGAGACUGUUUCUAAAGCUGUUUUUGUUAGUAACUGUUAAGAACACGGUCAUGACCUGCAAUCCGGCACACAUCUCGUCAACUUUUGAAUAAUCUGUGUUGAUGUAUUAUUCCUGUAUUUGGCCUUUUUCGGGGGUCUGACCUGUGUCAUUGCACUUUCAUUCUUAAUAAUGGGGGGUAGAAUUUUCACUUUCAAGUUUGGGGGGGAUGAGAUUCAAAUAUGAUUUGUUAUAUGUUACCUGAUUAAACAUUAGCACUCAGAGCUUGAAAUUGUAAAUCCUUUGUAGCUUUAUUUUGUUGUUCAGUUAACGGGCAGGAACAUUAGGAACAGUGCUUGAGUACAGAAUAUAACCAUUGAAUGGUUGAAACAAUUGAAAACCGUGCAUCUGGGGUCAAGAUUGUUGUAUACGUCUGUGAAAUACAAUCAUCUCCUAUGUGUCAAUCUUAGUCGUUCUCCGAGAGAUGCAGAACAAGAUGUGCUGAGUGUUUUGACCCAGCAAGAAGUAUAUGAUCAACGGGAUAAAGAUGUGUAUAGCUGCUGUCACAGUUAUAAUUACCAAGUUAGUUUUUUUAAUGUUUGUGGCAGAAACUGCUUUUAGGAAACGAACUACAGACCACAAUAAAAGUGGAUGUCAGAUUA